GGACCGUUUUCCACGCAGCCAAUAAAACCGGAAGUUGAAGGAACUGCUAUGAAUGUCAAAUUGCAGCACGGUGGUCUACGUUAUCUGGUAACCUGCUCUUAAACAUGUCAGGGUGUAGUUUAUUUAGGGCAGCAACGUUAACGAAGUGCUUCACAACCAACGCUACAACCUCGCUUUGCAGGACGAGCGUGUUCAACAGAACACCGAUAUGUGGAUACGCCAAGAAAGUUGCGGCCAAAGGGAAAGGGAAAGGCAUGUUGAAAACAGAGGUGACGGGCCCAGAUGUGUGUAGAGACCCUGUAAGACUCACUUCUUAUGCAGUCGGUGUCAACAUCUUCAAGCAAGGCGAAGACCCCCAGCUGAAGCCCCAUGAUCAGUAUCCAGAGUGGUUGUUCCAGUUGAACUUGGGAAAGCCCCAAAAGCUGCAGGAGCUGGAUUCGGAAACCUGGGAAUACUGGAAGCGUCUGAGGAAGGAGAAGAUUUGGCAUUCCAACAGACUCCAUAAAGGGAAGAAGUUUUAGGCCUUCACCAGACUGACCCGAGGGCUUCUACACGUACGCCGGGUCGCUUCAGACUCUGUGGACUGAAGUACCCGUUUUGCUGUAUGUUCAGAACCAGAGUUCAGCUCCCCCGAAUGAAUUAUCAUUCAACCAACUCUUUGUCACUUCCGCUGUGUUGUUUUGAAAUUCUGUAGGCAAACGUAAUGACCCUCUGGUGACGAUACCUGUAAGCUAUGGUUACGUUGAGAAAGAUUAACACACAGCCAUAGUAGAGCCUCAACAUUAACAUUUUCACAACACAAUAUGAACAUCCUAUGUGUUCUUGACCGUAGAAACGGUAUUUGGGGAAACCACCUCACCAUUCUGAUUGUACUUCUCCGGUCAGAUUAUUUUUAAGAUGUCCAGUUUUUGAUGACCUACUUUGUUUUGUCAAUUUUAUAAAGGUAGUUUUAUUCGGUGCAUUGCACUGAAUGACAUGGCAAUAUUUCUUUCUGUUUUUUUUUUUUUUCUCAUAUUGCAAGAGAAAUGGUCGGCUAAUGUUACCACAAAUAAUGUUUCCUAUGUUUGUUUGUUUUUCUUUUUUAAAACUUAAAAUAAAUAAGUAGGAAUAAGUAAA